ACGAACUCGUCUCACGUCUGACGAAGGACCGACUUGGAUGUUCCCGUCGGGCCCUGCGGCUGGACUCUGCGCGCAUUCGGAUGCCAUGUACUGGCUUACUAGUUCACCUGAAUUUUGGCGAUGGAGAGCAAUUCUAGGCGAGGUAUGGAUAGGCGUACGUGGACAAUUUGAGACACGCACUGGCAGGCAGGUAUUGGCGAGGUGUACACUUGUACGGUCGGGCUUCCACGUGCCGGGAUGGCACACCCUGGCUGUAGUUAUGAUGGUUGGCAGGCGAUAGAAACUUCCUCGACAGACGGAAGAUCAUUGGUUAGAGUCUGUUGACGAAACAAACAUCGAGGCUUUAAUAGAACUCAUUACCAGCAACUAGCGUUGCUGGUGGUCAUCAAGAUUAUGAAACA